CACAUUUCGUAUGAAUAAUAAUUUAUCUGAAUAGAAUUUUCAUGAUAUUCCUUUUUUUGCUUAAAAUAAUAACUAAUAAUAAUUUAGUUAAUUAAAUCAAGAAAACAGUUAAAUAAAAUUUACUAAUUAAUAAAAUUUAUAAUAAUCGCCAUUUUCUUAUAAUAAAAAUAAUCAAUAAUAAACUAAUAACAAUAACAAUUUACAAGAAGAAUCAAAUAAAAUUUCAAAACAUCUUUUAAAUAUGAUAAAAAAUACUGAAAAUAUAUAUAGUAAAUAUUUUUAAGCAGACGAAAACGAAAUAAAUGAGAAUAUUUAAAGGAAAUAAGUUCUUCCGAAACCUCAAAUUUUAAACAAAUUCAAUUUAAACUCCCCUAAAUCAGUUUCAAUUUAAAAAAAGAAAAAUUUUUAAUAGUAAAUGUAAAUAGAAAAGGAAAAUAAUUAAAGAAAAAUAGUAAAUUAAAUAGCAUUUUUUUACUAAAAAUUAAAAGAAGAUAAAAAUUAGUAAAUAGAAUAGUAAUUAAAUAAUUAAGAAAAACUUGAAAAAAAAAAUAUUGAAGUUAAAAAAAAAGAAGUCCUUAUAUAAAAAACAACUGAUUUUGAAUUAAAAAAUAAUUAUUCUUUUGAUUUUUUUUUUUAAAUUUCUGUUAAUGAAAUUGAUAUUUUUAAAAAAUAACUUGAUCGUAAUCACCUUUAAUAACUUUUUUUUGAAUAACUGUCUUUUUACGAACUUCCUAUAUAAAGAAAUUAUUCUAAAAAAGAUGAUUUUGUUAAAAUAGUAGAAAAAAAUUAAAAUUUUUAAAUAAUAAAACACCUAUGUAUAUAUAACAUGUUAUCCAAAAUUAAAAAAAUAAUCGAAAUACGACAAAAAUUUAAGGAAUUAAAAAAAGAUUUAGUAAUUUUGUAAAAAAAAAGCACUUUUCUAAAAAAAAAUAAAGAUAAAAUACUAAUUUUGAAAGAUCUGAAAAUGAGAUUGAUUUAAAAAGGAUUUUUUGAGUAUUUAAAAAAUAAAGUUUUUUAUAAAAAGUAAGUAUAAAGUUAUUUAGAUUAAAUUAUUUAUUAAAGAAAAAAACAUUAGAUUUUUAUGUGUUUUUUUUGGAUGAAAACAUACAAAAAUAUAAGAUAAGAUAAAAUUUGUAUUAAUAAAGAAUUAUAACUUUUUUUUUUAAAGAAGUAUUUUUUAGGCUUAAAAAAGUAGUGUUUUUUUAAAAAAGGAAAUUUUUAUAGACCAUUUUUUUAAGAAAUAAGGAAAAAAAGGAUGUUCUUUAUUUUAAAAGAGUUUUGGAAUAAAUUUUUGGUAUUUUUUUAAUUUUAGAAAAUGAAAGUUAAAUAAAAGAAUAUUUCUGGUUUAAUUUUUGUUUAAAAGUUAAAAAUGAAAAGUUUUGCAAUUUUAAAAGCUUUGAAAAACAAAGAAAAAAAGUAGUUUAUUUAUACCAAAAAUAUUGCUUGUAGAUAUUAAAGGGAAUUAUAUGAAAUUAAUGUUUAAAUUAAAUAAAUGUUUUUCUUUAAAAAAAUAAAUGAAAAUUUAAAUGAAGAUGAUGAAUUCGAAUCUGAAAAGGCUUUAAGAAAAGCCAGAUAAGAAAUGCUUUUAUAAAAAUUAAAUAAUUAGGCGGCUAUUUCUUAAGAUAAUUAAUCAACUUAUAAAGAAAAAUAUUAGUAGUCUUAAUAUAUAAUAGAGAACUGUUAAAAAAUUUAAGAAAAAUAAAAAAUAAUAAAAAACAUUCAAAUAUUUUAAUUUUAUUAACAUAUAUAAUCUUUAAUAUAAAAACUCAAAAAAAAUUGUCUAUAUAAAGAAGAAAGUAAAAAUCUUGUAGUUCUAAAGGUAAAAAAAAGAGAUAUUUUGUAAAAAAUAAAAGAAAAAGAAAUAUUUGUUAAAAAAAAAUCUUCAUUUUUACAUUGGAGGGGUUUAUUUUUAGAAAAAGAACUAAAUGUGAAACUGGAAUUAUUAAUUUAAAUGAAAAAUGCAUUGAAAAUUUUAAAUUUUUUUUAAUAAAAAUACUCUUUUUGUAAAAUUUAGAAGGAAAAAAUUGAAAAAAAAAAGGAAAAUUUUUUAAUUUAAAAAAGUUUUUUUUAUUUGAAAAAAAUUUCUUGGCCAAAAAUUUAAUUAGAAAAUUAAAAAAUUUUAUUCUUUAAAAAAAAAUUUUUUUUUCAAAAAUUUGUUUUUUUUAAAGCUUUUUAAAAAGUCAAAAAAAUGUCAACUCUUUUUUAUUUGCAAAACUUGAAAAAAAAAAGCCUUAAAAAUCUUUAAGUUUAAUGUUUACUAUAAAAAAAACUGCGAACUACAUACCAAAAAUCUCUUAAAUAAAGACUUUUAAGAAAGUGGCUUUAAAGACUUAAUUAAAAGCAUUUUUUGAGAAAUUUCUUUUCAAGAAUUUUACUUUCUACAGAAGAACUUAUCAUUUUUAAAUACAAAAAUAAAUAAAAUUUCAUCUAAAAAGUUUUUUAAGCAUGGAAAUAGAUUCUUUAAGAAAAUGAGAAUACAAAAAUUUAAAAAAUAUAGAAUUUUUCGGCUAAAAUACAUUAUAAUUCCGUUUUAAAAACUCAUUUUUUCUUCAUUUGGAAGAAAUAGAUUUGCUAGGAAAAAUCUCUAAAAAAGUUAUUUUUUUAAAUAUUGCCAAAACAAUUAAACUUAUGCAUUAUUUAACCAUGGAAAAAAAUUACAUUUUAACAUACGGGAAAAAUUAUUUCGCAUUAAAAUUAAAAAAAUAGAGAUUUAAAAAUAAAUGCUUUUUUUGGAUUAAAAAACAAUUAUAAGAUUAAAAGAAAAAGUGUAAAUUUUUUCAAGAAGAAAUUUUUUGAAAAAAUUAAGGAAUUUUAGUAAAAAAGUAUAUAAAAUCGUUAAAAAAUAUAUAAAAAUUUCAUUUUGGUGAAAUACUUUAAAAAAUUAAUGAUUAAUUUAUUAAAAAAAAUGAAGAAAAAGAAAAAUUUAGAAAGAAUUUAAUUAUUUCUAGUUUAAAAAAGUUUAAAAAAAUCCUUCUUUUAUUUAAAAAAUUAUGUUUAAAUUAAAAAUAGUGAAAAAUUAUUAAAUAUUAAAUUAAGGAAAUAUUAUGAAAAAAAACUUAAGAAAAUAAUAUUUGUUUCUUUAAAAGUAUAUGAAUUAAAUUAAAAAAAAAAAAAAAUUAAAUUUGAAAAAUCAGAUGAGUUUAGGGAUUUGAGCUAAAAGAAAAAAAUAAACAAAUACUAAUUAAAUAUCGAUGAAAAUAUGAGAUAUUAAAUUAUUUAAAUUUUUAAGUAAUGGAGAAUUCUUUCAAUUAAAAAUAAAGACAUUAAGUUUAUUCUUUCCAAAAUAUAAUAAUAAAAAUCAAGAGAUUUGCUUAAAAAAAUAAUGUUUUUAUGGAAAUAAGAAACACCCUUUAUUUAAAAUUAAAAAAUAUAAUAAACUAUAAACAUAUAAAAUUAUUAAUAAAAAUAAUAAGAAUCUAAUAAAUAAUAUUAAUAGUAAUAAAAAUAAUAAUUUAAUUUGUAUUAAUAAAAAUAAUAAUAUGAAUAGUAAUAGAAUUUAAAAUAAAGUAUUAAUGAAAAAUAAAAUAAAAAAAAAAAAGUGUUAAAUUUGAUAUUGAAAAUUAAAAUCAAUUAAAUAAAAUUGAAAAUUAAGAUAUUUAAAUAAAUUAGGAUUUGGAAUAAAUUUAUAAGGAUAAUAUAUUGUUUUAUGAAAAUUUAAUCAAAGAAAAAUCAAUAAUAUAACCUUUAGAAAUGUUUUGAUAUUUUUUAUUUUAUUUAUAGAUAUUAUUUUAUAUAUUUAUUAUAUUUAUUCUUUUUAAAAUAAAAGAAAAAUAAAAUAGAAUUUUUAUAGAAAAAAAUAAAUUUUUACAAAUAUAUCUUAUUAUAUUAAAUUUUGAAAAUACUUUUUUUUUUUCAUUAAUCUUAUAUUAAAUCUUUUUGUAUUUCAUAUCAUUGA